GAAGUCAAAGACAUAAAGAAUAAUUUUAUUCAAACAAGUUUUUUUUAACUAUUUACAAAAAUGCCAUAUGGAUAUAUUAUAUAAAGGGUGAAGGUAGAGGCUAGCAAAAGAAAACCAUUAUUUUCUUAUCAUCUUCUUCUUCAAACAACAAUCCUCCAUCUUUGUUGUUGAAGAUCAGAUUAAAGAUGGGGAAUUGUCAAGCAGUAGAUGCAGCUGCUUUGGUGAUCCAACAUCCAUCAGGGAAGAUUGAAAGGAUGUAUUGGUCUGUAACUGUUAGUCAAGUCAUGAAGAUGAAUCCUGGACAUUAUGUUUCUCUCAUUAUUCCAUUGCCCGGUACCGAGAAUGAUCAAGAUGGUUCCGGGAAUAAAACCGUUCGGUUUACACGAGUUAAGCUGCUUCGGCCAAGUGACACUCUUGUUCUUGGCCGCGCUUAUCGUCUUGUCACCUCUCAUGAAGUUAUGAAGGUGCUAAAAGCGAAACGACAAGCGAAGAAGAAAAAGGAAAAUCAUAGUGAAGAUGAAAAAACUUCAAGAUUGGAGAAUACAAGCCAGGUGAUGACACAUGAAAGAACAAUCAAGCAAAGGUCUGGAUCGUUUUCAAGGUCGAAAUCAUGGCGUCCGGCGUUGCAAAGUAUCUCUGAGGCUGCUAGUGCUAGCUGAUCAUAGUUUUGAAAAAAUAUGUUUGGAUCAAAAAGAUUAAAGAACCAUCUGUAUAGUUAAGAUUUAAGAACAUUUUAAAAAAGGAUAAGCAACAACACUAAAAGAUAUGUAUUGAUUUUGAAGAAAUAUGUAUAUUAGUGUGGAGUUAAAAGUUGCCUCCUUUUAGUGAUUGAUAUCAAGAACAUGUAAACAAGAAUUAUUAGUCACAUCAUAAGUGUUGUUGAGUU